AGAACAAUGGUGGUGACGACAGACGAUUAAGCUUGAAGCAAAAUAUCUGGCUUACAACGCUUCACAUAAACAUUCUCCUUCUCUUUUGAUUUUGUGGGAUCCUUCUUUCCCUUUCCACCUUCCCUAAUUCACAGCCCAUGUCUCAUUACUAGAUUCCAACCUCUGGUUUUCUGAUAAUGGCAACUGCUCUCUCUCUAAUUGCCUUUUCAUCUUCUUCCAUUUCCUUUGCUGAUCCAAAUUUCAGAUUUCGUUUCAAUUUUCCUAAUCCACCUCUGAAAUUCAACUCCAAACGUUUCAGGGUUCAAGCCCUUAAACAGAAAACCGGCGAAAUCGAACGCCCAUCUUCAUCUUCGUCUUCAUCUUCAUCUUCUUCUUCUGCAGAUGAAGUUACCAAGAAGUACGGACUUGAAGCUGGUCUCUGGAAGAUAUUUAGCUCAAAGGAGGAGAGUGAGGAAGGUGAAGGGAAAAACAAAUCCAAGGGUGAUCAGGCAAAAGAGUUGCUUGCAAAAUAUGGAGGUGCAUAUUUAGCCACUUCCAUAACUCUAUCCCUGAUAUCUUUCUCUCUGUGUUACGCGCUCAUCAGUGCCGGUGUCGAUGUUCAAGCACUUCUGCAGAAGGUAGGAAUUUCGGCUGAUGAAACUGGAGAGAAGGUUGGAACAUUUGCUUUGGCGUAUGCAGCGCAUAAAGCUGCUUCUCCAAUAAGGUUUCCUCCAACAGUGGCUCUCACUCCAAUCGUUGCAAGUUGGAUAGGGAAGAAAGUUGAGAAAGAGAAUUAGCAUAAUGCCCUACUUUGAGAGUAUAAAAUUAUUUGAUAGUGUAAAUUGUGCUAAAUCCCAUGUAGAUUGCAUACUAAUGAUAUAUAAUGUAUUCAUCCUUUUGAAUCAUAGCUAACGGUUCCGGCAUUUGGGAGUCUUAAAGAACGAUGAUUAUACA